AACAGGAGAGGCAAGGGAGGGCACUUUGGUGCAGGCAGUGAGGGACUCGUUUUCACUUCCUCAUUCACUCUGAAUAGCAGCAGAAGCAGCAGCAACAGCAGAAGCAGCAGCAACAGCAGAAGCAGCUUACUUGUGUAGUAGAGUUUUCUUGCUGUCCACAGAGGAGAGACAGAAGCUGAAGGAAAAGAAUGCCAUCUUGUUUCCUGUCUCCCACCUCUUUCUUUCUGUGGCCAAUGGUAUCCUGAAGAGGAGUAGCAACAGGUGCUGUUGAUGGGCAGAGCCAAGAUGGAAGAAGGAAGGCGGAUGAGCUACUGGCAAGAUCAAGACCACCACUUGGGGCAUAGUGAUGUAGAAGAGGAGCUUCAGAGCCUAGGGUGGUACCAUGACAGUCUUACUCGUCAUGCAGCAGAGGCCCUUCUGCUUUCCAAUGGUACUGAUGGAAGCUACCUCCUCAGGAAGAGCAAUGGCAAGGCUGAUCUUUUCUCUCUCUCAGUAAGAGCAAAAGAUUCUGUAAAACAUUUUCAUGUGGAGUACACUGGGUCUUCAUACAAGUUUGGCUUUAAUGAAUUUUUAAGUUUGAAAGACCUGAUCAUGCACUUUGCAAAUCAACCUUUAAUUGGCAGUGAAACAGGUACCCUGAUUGUAUUGAAGCAUCCAUAUCCUAGGAAAGUGGAAGAACCUUCCAUUUAUGAAUCUGUGCGGGUUCACACGGCAAUGCAGACAGGAAAAACAGAAACUGACCUUGUCCCCAAUGCACCAUCGUUAGGCACAAAAGAAGGUUUUCUGACGAAACAAGGCAGAAUAGUUAAGAACUGGAAAACUAGGUGGUUUACACUGCACAGGAAUGAGCUGAAAUAUUAUAAAGACCAGAUGUCCACAGAGCCAAUCAGAGCGCUAGACUUAACAGAAUGUUCAGCAGUACAGUUUGACUAUUCACAGGAUAAAGUCAAUUGUUUUUGUUUAGUGUUCCCACUGAGGACUUAUUAUCUCUGUGCAAAGACCGGAGUAGAAGCAGAUGAAUGGAUUAAGAUAUUGCAAUGGAAACUGUCACAGAUUAGGAAAGCACACCAGCGUAACUCAGAACUGCUGUGCCAGUUAAGAGGAGAAACCCAUCAAGACCAGCACUCUGCCUUUGAUCCAGAUUCCCAAAGGAAACCUAUGCAAGGGACAUGGUGGUGGAGGUACUAAUCGUUAUCCCCAGCAUCUGAUAACUACAAGAAUACAACCUUUGAUGAUGGAUAUUCCAUUUUUAGCAAUUUCAACAGGCCUGCUGCACUGAAUGAACUUCAGGUAUGUGGUCAGCUUAAAGAACUUGGAUCUUUUCAUAGCAUGAGCCAUUGAAUUGACUCUGAAGAUGUUAAUCCUUUCACAUCUGGCAUGUUCUGCAUGUUCCCAGCCAUUUACACCAUGUUUUCUAGCAUAAGUUGCAUGUACACUAAAAACAUUUAAAUAGUUCUAA